AUGAUUGGGCACACCAUACUGCUUGGCCUCGCGGCCGUUGGCACCCUCGCCGACAGAUCCCAAGGUGCAGCAGUCCCAGAGCAACAGCUUCUGGGAAAGUCUCUGCAUGGCAAGAGUCUGCAUUCACGUCGCUGCGAGGCUAAGUCUCCGCAGUCUCAAGAGGAUAGGUAUCGCCCCAAGCCUUACCAUAGCAUACCACCACCAUCACCAUCACCGCCACCAACGCGAGCAGCACAAUGCACGUCCUCGUAUCUUUCGUCGGUCCUGCAGUCCUACAAGGAAAACGGCGUCAACGUUAGCCUUGAGACGGCCGUGCCUGUCCCCGAGGGAGGGUCUUUCGGUGAAGGGGCAAAGGACCUAGCCUCUACGUUCAACGCAACUCAGCUACCAGAGGUCUGUGCCAUCAUUGUGAGUGUGAAGAACUCGACUGCCAACCCAACGUCAAACUACCGCUUUGGCAUGUUCCUGCCGCCAUCGGACACUUGGAACGGUAGAUUCCUGGCUGUCGGCAAUGGCGCGUUCCUCGGCGGCAUCAACUGGCCAUACAUGGGAUCCGGCCCGCACUAUGGCUUCGCCACCAUGUCCACCGACACGGGUCACAGCUCCGGCCCCGGCGACCUGUCCUGGGGUCUCAACCGCCCCGAUAGGUUGCUUGACUGGGGCUACCGCGCCAUGCGGGGAUCCUCGCUGGUGGCCAAGCAGGUCGUGGCCGGCUACUACCAGGAGAGACCCUCGCGCUCCUACUUUACCGGCUGCUCGACCGGCGGCAGACAGGCCCUCAAGGCGAUCCAGGGCGACCCGGAAAGCUGGGACGGGGCGCUGAUCGGUGCACCGGCCUGGGACACCAAGGACCUGAUGCCAUGGGCCGCCAAGAUGGGCAAGUCCAACGUCCGGCCCGACGGGAGCCUGAUCUUUGACGCGUCCAACUACGCCACCGGCGGGCCGUGGCAGACGCUCGUGGCCCAGGUGCAGCUUCAGUGCGACGCGGCCGACGGCGUCGUCGACGGCAUCGUCAGCGCGCCCGAGCUCUGCCUCUUCGACUUUACCCGCUUCACCUGCCUUCCCGGCGCGCCUCAAACCCCCGGCUGCAUAACGCCCGAGCAGGUUGCUGUAGUCAAGGGCAUGUACGCCGACUACUUUCUCGGAGCAAACUCCACCGGCAACGGCGACCAGCUCGUCAUGAACGGCAUGCAGCUCAGCUCCGAGACGGACCUGACGGGCUGGGUCUCGUACCUCAACAACCCGGUCGACUUUGUGGCGCAAUACCCCCGCUACUGGAUCUACAACGACACGAGGUGGCAGCUGUCGCAGUACAGCGACCAGGUCGUGGUCGACUCGCGGCGCGUCAACCCGGGCCAGGCCAGCGCCGACGACUACGACCUCUCGCCCUUCAAGCGGCGCGGCGGCAAGGUGAUUCUGUACCACGGCGUGGCCGACGGCCUGGUCCCGACGCGGUCCACGACGCACUACUACAACAAGACCCGCGAGGCCAUGGGAGGCCAGCAGGCGACCGACGCCUUCCUCCGCCACUUUUUGGUCCCCGGCAUGAACCACUGCUGGUUCAGCCCGACGUGGGUCAACGCGCCGUGGAUGUUUGCCGGCGUCGGACAGGCAGAGGCCCUGCAGCUCCUGCCGCCGGGCUCGACCCCGCUCCCGCCGCCAGAGGAGUUCCUCCGCGGCUGGGGCACGCCGCUCUUCCGUGGCGACGUCAACUACGACGCCCUCCUCAAGCUGGUGACAUGGGUCGAGAACGGCACCGCGCCAGACGAUAUCCGUGCCGUCGCCUACGGUGCGGAUUGGAACGUCCAGAGGACGAGGAAGCUCUGUCCUUAUCCGAAGAAGGCGGUGCUUAUAAACGCGUUGUUGGUGAAUGACCAGGCUGGGUGGGUUUGUGCGUGA